UUCUUGUUUUGAUUUAAAUAAAAAACGAAAUAAAAAAAAAAGAAAUAGUUUAUUUUAAUAUAUUGAAUUUUCGGAAAUUUUCAGUAAAAAUGAAGGACGGUAAUCAAAUAUUGGCAAAGGCCCUCAAGGAACAAGGGCUAGAAUAUGUUUUUGGUAUUUGCGGACAUCCAGUAAUAGAGCUGUCUAUUAACAUGCAAUUAGCAGGUCUGCGAUAUUUAGGAUUUAGAAAUGAACAAUCUGCAUGCUAUGCAGCUCAGGCUUAUGGUUAUUUAACAAGAAAGCCUGCAAUUGUAUUGUGCGUAUCUGGACCCGGCUUACUUCAUGUUAUUGGUGGCAUGGCUAAUGCACAAGUUAAUUGCUGGCCACUUUUAGUAAUAGGAGGUUCAUGUUCUCAAGAUCAUGAAGGUAUUGGUGGUUUUCAAGAAUGGCCACAAGUAGAGGCUAGUAAACCUUAUUGUAAAUAUGCAGCUAGACCACCAUCUGCAUCUUUAAUUCCUUUACACGUAGAAAAAGCAGUACGAUAUGCAACCUAUGGUAGACCAGGUGCAACUUACUUAGAUUUACCAGCUACAAUUUUAACACAAAUGGUUGAUGAAAGUAAAAUUGCAUUAGUCUCACCUUGUCCUGAACCACCACUCAUAUUUCCUGAUAAUAGAAAAAUUGAGGAAGCUGUUAAUAUAUUAAUGCAAUCAAAAAAACCAUUGGUUAUAAUAGGAAAAGGAGCUGCAUAUGGUCGAGCUGAGCAACAAGUUCGGGAUCUUAUCCAUUUAAUCAAUGUUCCUUUUCUUCCAACACCCAUGGGAAAAGGAGUUGUUCCAGAUACAGAUCCAUUGUGUGUAUCAAGUGCAAGAACACAUGCUUUGCAACAAUCUGAUGUAAUAUUAUUACUAGGUGCUAGACUCAAUUGGAUGUUGCAUUUUGGGCGUCCACCUCGAUUUCAAAGCACUGUUAAAAUCAUACAGGUUGAUAUUUGCGCAGAAGAAUUACACAAUUCCGUUCCAUCUGCAGUUGCUAUACAAGCUGAUAUAAAGUCUACAGUGGAGUGUUUAAUAAAAGCAUUAGAGCAUCGAAAAUGGUCAGUUCCUAAAAAUACCCAAUGGUGGAAUAAACUUCAUUCGGAAACAGAUAAAAAUAAAAAAAUUGUACAGCAAAUGUCCUUGGAUGAGUCAGUACCAUUAAAUUAUUAUGCAGCUUUUAAAUGUAUACAACAUUUUAUACCAAAGGACUGUAUAAUUUGUUCGGAGGGUGCCAAUACAAUGGAUAUUGGACGUACUAUCCUGUUAAAUGAUUUACCUCGUCAUCGUUUAGAUGCUGGAACAUUUGGUACUAUGGGUGUAGGUCUAGGCUUUGCAAUUGCAGCUGCUCUAUAUUGUAAAGACAAUGCACCUCGAAAGAGAGUGCUUUGCGUUGAAGGAGAUAGUGCAUUUGGAUUUUCUGGAAUGGAAAUUGAAACUAUGUUUAGAUAUCAAUUACCCAUUAUUAUUAUAAUAAUAAAUAAUAAUGGUAUAUAUAGCGGUUUGGAUAAAGAAACAUUUAAAGAAAUACAAGCAUCUGGUGAACCAACAAAAGCCAUCCCACCUAAUAGUUUAACAUCUGAAACUCAUUAUGAAAAAAUGAUGGAAAUGUUUGGAAAGAAAGGUCACUUUUGUGUAACCACAGACGACAUUAAGCAAGCGUUAAAAGAAUCAUUUGAAGAAUUAAAUGGUCCAAGUUUAAUAAACAUAAUGAUCAAUCCUCAAGCUGAUCGCAAAGAACAACAAUUUAAUUGGCUCACCAAAUCUAAUCUUUGAAAUGUUAAUUUUGUUUACUAAACUUAAAUAAUUAUUUUAAAAUAAUGAAUUAUUGGGUUUUAUAAUGGUACUUACGGAAAUGUUUGCAAUAAAUAUAAAAUUAUAAUGUA